AUGCCCGAUCCCCCGAAGAGGGCCAGGGCAGCUGCCUGCGUCAACUGUCGGGUGCGCAAAAGGCGAUGCGUCCCGGUGGAGGAUGGCCGUGGAUGUAGGUUGUGCAAGUCACUCUCAACCCCGUGUCCCAAUGAGCCUAUUGAAGCCACGGGACCAUCAACCGGCCUCAAGAAAACCGAUUUCCGAACUAAAAGAGAGAUCUAUCAUGACCUGGUCCCCUUGUACUUCCGCUAUAUCCACAACGUUGCCCACACAAUGAUUCACGAAGCAAGCUUCAGACAUCGCCUGCAAAAUGGCAGAGCAUCCAUGCUCCAGGUAUAUGCAAUGUGCGCGCUUGCUGCCAGGUUCUCUGACAGCUCCCAUUUUCAAGGUGUCGCCCGUGGGAAACGGGGCAAGAUGUACAUCUCCGAAGCCGAGCAUCUCACCCAGCAAUCUCUCAUUGCCCCCAGCCUGGAAUCGGUUCAGGGGUUGAUCCUGAUAGGCUACUACUACGGAGGAGAGGGAAAUACGAAGGCGAAACACAUAUAUAGUGGACUUGCCCGAUUACACGCCGAAGCGCUGUCCUUCCCGGAUAUCCCCAACGACGUCAGCCCGAUGCGACAAGAAGAGCAUCGACGAACCUGGCUCUCCGUUCUCAUAGCAAGCCAUUGGACAACAACUGACAUGUCCAUUGAGCCUGUCUCAUUCAUACAUCGUCCGGACGUCAUCAACCCAGAAGUUGAUGAUGCGACCUUCCACAGCCUGGACCCCGAGAGACAACAGGAAACCGAUACAUCGCCAUGCAACAUGUGGGCCCAAAUGGCGAAGACACUCGAUAUAUUCAACAAGACUAGUGUUCUAUUACGAAGAUUGAGCCAAUGUCUCAUCCAGUUCAGCGAUUACUGCAUAGAGGCCUCCAGGCUACAGGCUGCCCUCGACCAGUGGGAGCACGACCUACCACCGGGCCUUGCGUACAACGAAGCCAAUAUCAAAUCCCUAGUCAGACAAGGGCUAGGCCGAACAUUUCUUGCGAUGCACAUUGGCCUGCACCAUUUUCGACAGAUGCUGUUCUUCCCAUUCCUCGACGCUCAUGGGGACCACGAUAUCACAGAACUAGCCCAAAGAGCUACUCAGUGCAAAGCAAGUGCCAACAUUGUGUCUGACAUCAUAGAGCAUAGCACAUAUAUCGAAGGAUGUGAUCUGAAUUACUUCAUAUACGGUCAUAUUGCCGUGAUAAGUUCCUGUGUCCAUCUCCACGCUCUGCUGUUCAGUGGCGACCACGUCGAGCUUUCCGAGGCUCGAAAGCGAUUGAUAUCGAACUUCGAAUAUUUGAUGGAUCUCAAGUCUUAUUGGCCUGUUGUUGAUCACUCGGUGGCACGGCUUCGGAAGUUCCAAAAGUCGUGCCAGGAUUCGAUGUCGGAUUCCUUUGUGCUGGAUAAUUGGAUGGUUAGAUUUUUGACGGAACAUUCCUCUAAUCUCUCUGAGCGCCAGAUGCCUUCGUCGCAUCCAUCUGGUCGGACUACCAUCAGUUCAGACCUACCCGAGUCUUUUGAAACAAGCCAUUCAGCACAAACAGUUACUGGCGUUCAUGGCCUAUCGAGUCUGCUGCAGGACCCGCAGGUCACUAGCUCAGCACUGGUGAACCAUGCUAUUGAUUGGCUGCUCGAUUGA